CAUCGAACCGCCGCGGGCGGGAGCGUGAGGGGAGGAGUGGGCCGCGGGGGGUGGAGGAAGCGGCCUCGCUCGCGCCGAGGAGGGAGCAAUUGAAUUUCAAACACAAACAACCGCACGAGCGAGCGCUCCCGGAGCCGUGCGUUGUCCACCGCGCCCGGCCCUGUCCGAGAGGCGCGCGGGCGCAGACGCCGUGGCUGCCCCGGAGCUCGCGUCGGGGGCCGGCAUCGAGGCGGGGGCCGCGCGAGGGCCGGAGCACAGCGGCGCCGCAACCGCCGCACGCGCAAACUUGGGCUCCCGCUUCCCGGCUCGGCGCGGAGCCCGGGGCGCCCGCGGCCCCGCCAUGUCGCGAUCCAACCGGCAGAAAGAGUACAAGUGCGGGGACCUGGUGUUUGCGAAGAUGAAAGGAUACCCACACUGGCCGGCCCGGAUUGAUGAGAUGCCUGAGGCUGCAGUGAAGUCAACAGCCAACAAAUACCAAGUCUUUUUUUUUGGGACCCAUGAGACGGCAUUCCUGGGCCCCAAAGACCUCUUCCCUUAUGAGGAAUCCAAGGAGAAGUUUGGCAAGCCCAACAAGAGGAAAGGGUUCAGCGAGGGGCUGUGGGAGAUCGAGAACAACCCUACAGUCAAGGCCUCUGGCUACCAGUCCUCCCAGAAAAAGAGUUGUGCGGCAGAGCCCGAGGUGGAGCCCGAAGCCCAUGAGGGUGACGGUGAUAAGAAGGGCAGUGCAGAGGGCAGCAGCGACGAAGAAGGGAAGCUGGUCAUCGAUGAACCCGCCAAGGAGAAGAACGAAAAGGGCACGCUGAAGAGGAGAGCAGGGGAUGUGUUGGAGGACUCCCCUAAACGUCCCAAGGAGUCAGGAGACCAUGAGGAGGAGGACAAGGAGGGUGAGAGGCCCCUGCCUGUAGAGGUGGAGAAGAAUAGCACCCCCUCUGAGCCAGACUCUGGCCAGGGACCUCCUGCAGAGGAAGAAGAGGGAGAGGAAGAGGCUGCCAAGGAAGAGGCUGAAGCCCAGGGCGUCAGAGAUCAUGAGAGCCUGUAGCCACCAAUGUUUCAAGAGGAGCCCCUGCCCCGUUCCUGCUGCUGUCUGGGUGCUACUGGGGAAACUGGCCAUGGCCUGCAAACUGGGAACCCUUUCCUACCCUACUUACCCUAUUCCCUCACUCACUCUCUCCUCUAAGCCCACUCCUGGAGAGUGUCUUGGCCCUCACCUCCAGCUCCCUUCCUAUAUACACCCUGUGCCCAGGAUGAGAUGAGGCCUUUGUGUCACCUUACAUUUGUUUCCCAGGGUUUCUGCUGGGGUCUAGGCUGCUGUUUCCACCUCUUGACACCUCUGCCCUGCUGCAGGCAUUCUAGACCUUUGGGGUGGGUAGGGGGCAGGAGUGGAGGUGAAAGAAUAUAAAGGAGUGUGGGUUCAUGGAUGGCAUCGUCUACCUGAGCUCCUGUCUCCAGCCCCCACACCUAUUUUCCCAUCUGCCUACAUGCAAGAAACGGGACACUGUGUGGGAGAGAGGCUACCAUCCACACAUAAAUCCUUGUUGAUUUUUGGGUACACUUAUUCCCCUGACCCCAGGGUUCAAGGAAUUGUAGUUUAACAUCUAGACUUUGGAGUUUCCAAGUUUGGGCCUAGGACCUGGAGGGAGCUGAGAGCUGAAGAAUCAACUGAUUUGCAUUGAGGAAAUGUCUCUUUAGAUCUCAGGGCAGAAAUGAUAACCUGGGGAGACCUGCUGCCUUCAUCUACUUCCCAAUGCUUGAGGCCAGCCUGUAGUCAGAUAUUUCACCCAGACAUAAAGGAAAAGACCAUUUUUUUAGGACAUGUUUUUAAUAAAAGAAAAUUACAAAAAAAAAAAAAAAACCCAACCCACAAAAGAAGAAAAAAAGGAAAAAAAGUUACCCUGCCCCUUUGUGUGCUCCCCUCUCUACUCCUUUCUCCCCACUGCUGACCCGUUUGUGAGGUGCGCUAGGAGGGAGUCUCGCCUCUGACCGGGUUGGCUUUCUCUUUGGACAUGGGGCUUUGAUGUUCUUCCAGAGUUGGUCUCUGGUGUUUUCUCACAUCCAAUUUGUAGCCCACUAAGAAUACAGGGAAAAGUGUCCUCCAGCCUCUUCUAGUGGUUUCUUACAUGCCCCUCUUCUCUUGUCUUUUACUCCCAUCCCUCCUCUGGGCUCUGAAGAAAAAUUGCUGACUGUAGCUUUGGAAGUGUAGCUCUGAGAAUAAUAGAAAAUUUGAGUUCUAGGAAAAUAAAGCCGUUGAUUACUAUCCUGA